AUGGUGAAGGUGCGAAUGAACACGGCCGACGUGGCCGCAGAGGUCAAGUGUUUGAAGCGGUUAAUCGGGAUGAGAUGCUCCAACGUCUACGAUAUAUCUCCCAAGACGUAUAUGUUCAAGCUCUUGAAUAGCAGCGGCAUCACAGAAUCUGGAGAGAGUGAGAAGGUUUUACUCCUGAUGGAAAGUGGUGUUCGUUUGCAUACCACAGCUUAUGUCCGGGAUAAGAGCAAUACUCCAUCUGGGUUUACUUUGAAGUUGAGAAAGCAUAUUCGGACUAGGAGGCUUGAGGAUGUACGCCAGCUUGGUUACGAUAGGAUCAUUGUCUUCCAGUUCGGGCUAGGUGCUAAUGCACACUAUGUUAUAUUGGAGUUGUAUGCUCAAGGAAACAUAAUUCUUACAGAUUCUGAGUAUAUGAUCAUGACUCUCCUCCGAUCACAUAGAGAUGACAAUAAGGGUUUUGCUAUCAUGUCUCGCCACCGUUACCCAAUCGAGAUGUGUAGAGUCUUUGAGAGAACCACAGUUUCAAAGCUGCAGGAAGCACUUACUGCUUUCUCGCUUAAGGAUCAUCAAGCAAAACUUACUGAAUCAGAGGAGCAGAAUGGUAGCAAGAAGGGUGGGAAGUCAAAUGAUUCUACCGGUGCCAAACAGUAUACCUUGAAGAAUAUUCUUGGUGACGCUUUGGGUUAUGGGCCACAGCUCUCCGAGCACAUAAUCCUGGAUGCUGGUCUGAUUCCAAGUACCAAAGUUUCAGAAGACAACAAUUUAGAUGAGAAUAUGAUUCAGUUAUUGGUUCAAGCGGUAAUCGUAUUUGAAGAUUGGCUAGAAGAUAUUAUAUAUGGUCAAAGAGUUCCUGAAGGUUAUAUUCUAAUGCAAAAACAAAUAUUGGCAAAUGACUCGCCUUCUCAAUCAGGAGGUGUUCAAAAGAUGUAUGAUGAGUUCUGUUCAAUCCUAUUAAAUCAAUUCAAAUCGAGAGUGUAUGAAAAGUUUGAAACUUUUGAUGCGGCACUAGAUGAGUUCUACAGCAAAAUUGAGAGCCAAAGGUCUGAAUAUCAACAAAAGGCAAAAGAAGAUUCUGCCAGCCAGAAGCUUAGUAAGAUACGACAGGAUCAGGAAAACCGUGUUCAACUCCUGAAGAAAGAAGUCAACCAUUGUGUUAAUAUGGCUGAAUUAAUCGAGUACAACUUAGAAGAUGUUGAUGCUGCCAUAUUAGCCGUUCGUGUAGCGCUUGCAAAGGGUAUGGGCUGGGAUGAUCUAGCUCGCAUGGUCAAGGAGGAAAAAAAAUUAGGAAAUCCUGUUGCUGGACUCAUUGAGAAACUAAAUCUAGAGAAGAAUUGCAUGACCUUGUUGUUGUGCAACAAUCUCGAUGAAAUGGAUGAUGAUGAGAAGACGCUCCCAGUGGAAAAGGUAGAGGUUGACUUAUCACUUUCUGCGCACGGUAAUGCUAGGCGUUGGUAUGAAAUGAAGAAGAAACAAGAAACAAAACAGGAGAAGACUGUUUCUGCUCACGAAAAGGCUUUUAAAGCAGCUGAGAAAAAGACACGCCACCAGCUUUCUCAGGAAAAAAUGGUUGCAACUAUUUCACACAUGAGAAAAAUCCACUGGUUUGAGAAGUUCAAUUGGUUCAUUAGCAGUGAGAACUACUUGGUCAUCAGUGGUCGUGAUGCUCAACAAAAUGAGAUGAUAGUUAAACGUUACAUGUCAAAAGGAGAUCUGUAUGUACACGCAGAGCUUCACGGAGCAUCUAGUACUGUGAUAAAGAAUCAUAAACCUGAACAAAAUGUACCGCCUCUUACUUUAAACCAAGCUGGAUGUUUUACGGUUUGUCAUAGUCAGGCCUGGGAUUCCAAGAUUGUUACUAGUGCAUGGUGGGUUUUCCCUCAUCAAGUCAAUAAAACAGCUCCUACUGGAGAAUACCUUACAGUAGGGAGUUUCAUGAUACGUGGUAAGAAAAACUUCCUUCCACCACACCCACUUAUCAUGGGUUUUGGAUUGUUGUUUCGUUUGGAUGAAAGCUCCUUGGGAGCCCAUUUGAAUGAAAGAAGGGUAAGAGGUGAAGAGGAAGGAACAAACGAUGUCGUAAUGGAAACGCAUGCUCCUGAUGAGCAUGCAGAGUCCGAGAUCGAGGUAGAGACUGAAGAGGUUUCCGCCCCAGGAGAUUUUGAUUUAGAGGAAUCAAAUCCAGCAUUGAGCCAAGAUACUUCUUCUUCUUUUGACAUGGAUUCAUCUGGUAUUGCUGGAGAAAAUGUUGCAUCAGCUACCUCACAGCUUGAAGAUCUUCUGGAUAGAACCCUUGGUCUUGGUACUGCGACGGUGGCAGGCAAGAACCAGACAAUAGAGACACCAAAGGAAGAAAUGGAAGGGAAUAUGAAACAGGAAGGGGAAAAUGCAGUAGUUAGAGAUAAGCCUUACAUGUCAAAAGCUGAAAGAAGAAAGCUUAAGAUGGGCCAAAGUGGUAAUACAGCCGAUGAUGAUAACACUGGGCAUGAAAAGCAGCGAGAAAAGGAAAAAAAUGUUUCUAGCGGUAACACAGCCGCCGAUGUUAAAACUGGGCAAGAAAAGCAGCCACAAAAGGGAAAAGGUAUUUCGUCUUCAAGCCAAGCCAACAAGAGCAUACCUGAUAACAAGCCAGCUGGGGAAAAAGUUAGCCGUGGGCAAAGGGGUAAAAUUAAGAAAAUGAAGGAGAAAUAUGCUGAUCAAGACGAAGAAGAAAGAAAAAUACGGAUGGCGUUGUUGGCAUCUUCUGGAAAGCCACAGAAGAAUGAUGUUGAAUCACAGAGUGCAAAGCCCGCAGUCACCGAAGAGAAGAAACCUUCUGAAGAAACAGAUGAUGCUGUGAAAAUAUGUUAUAGGUGUAAGAAGGUUGGACAUCUUGCUAGAGAUUGUCAUGCGAAAGAAACUUCGGACAUGGACAAAGUGGUAAUGGAAGAAGAGGAUAUUCAUGAGGUUGGCGAAGAAGAGAAAGAAAAACUGAUUGAUGUUGAUUACCUGACUGGUAACCCGCUGCCAACCGAUAUUCUUUUAUAUGCGGUCCCUGUAUGCGGCCCCUACAAUGCUCUCCAGUCAUAUAAAUACAGAGUCAAAGCAAUUCCAGGCAGCAUGAAGAAAGGAAAGGCUGCAAAAACUGCAAUGAAUCUGUUCACACAUAUGUCGGAGGCGACAGUAAGAGAGAAGGAGCUGAUGAAGGCUUGUACGGACCCCGAGCUGAUGGCUGCUCUGGUCGGAAAUGUGAAGAUCACAGCAGCAGGUUUGACGCAGUUGAAGCAGAAACAGAAGAAAGGCAAAAAAGGCGGGAAACAGCAUAGCUAA